AUGCAAUAUGAAGGUUGGAUUGGUUUCUUAAAGGUGGAUUUAUCUACCGGGUGUGCACAAAUGGGAAGUCACAGUGGUCCAUUGCAGAAAAAAGAUGUUUAUUGUAAAGGUUGCGCGACUGAAUUUGUCAAAAGAAUGGGUCUGAUUGGAAAAGAUAUACUUUAUGUUGGCGAUCAUAUUUUUGGAGACGUCCUGAAACGUCCUGAAGUGAGUGCGAACGCUUCCAGACUUCUAACAAAUUUAUUUCCUGAGCGAAAGUCACUUUAUCCAAUCGGUCCAUUAAGGUCAAAAAAGGUAUGGUCCCAACAACAGCCGAAGUUCCAUAGACUAGUGGAAUUACACCAACACCUGUCUCUCGACCUUGCACAGGAGGACAGAAAAAAUAUUCUGAAACAGAUUUCCAAGAUUUCCAAUGAUAUGGAAACAGAGUAUGGGAGUAUGGGAUCUAUGCUGAGAUGUGGGUGGCGUCAGACGCACUUUGCUGGACAGUUGGGAAAGUAAGU